AGUUCAUGGUAAGGCAAAAAACAGCAUUAGAUCCGAAGAAAGCGUAGCCUACAGUCCUGAGCUAAAGAUGGCUGGUUCUUCCUUUUGGAUCUUCAUUGUUUUCUUGAGCAUCUUCUCUGUAUCUGCGAAUCGUCCCAGGGGCCGUAUUCUGGGAGGAUCGGAGAGCGCCCCCCAUCUCAGGCCUUACAUGGCGUCUCUGCAGGAAGGUGGGAAGCAUCUCUGUGGAGGGUUCCUCAUUGCUGCGCGGUGGGUGCUGAGCGCAGCCCAUUGCUUGGAGGAAACGAAAAAUGGGACGCUUCAAGUCCUCUUGGGAGCCCAUUCACUCUCAGAAGCCGCACCAAACAAGCGACUGUAUGGAAUCCAUCAACUCUUUCCUCACCCAGGGAGCAGUGAAAACACCAAUCAUGAUGAUCUCUUGCUUAUCCAGCUUGCAGAGCCCGCAGUCCUUGGACCACACGUGCAGAUCCUGGCAUACCAGACUGUAAACAAUGAUGUCCCUGCAAACACUCGGUGCGAAGUGGCCGGCUGGGGCAUUAUCAGCAAUACGGGAAAGAAACCGGACAGGCUGCAGUUUGUGCAACUCGGCAUCAUCGCUCGAAAUCAAUGCAAUAUGAGGAGAUACCAUGAUGGGACCGUGACGGAGAACAUGAUGUGCGCUGAAUCCAAAAAGAAAGACUCCUGCAAGGGAGAUUCUGGUGGACCUAUCGUUUGCAAUGGCAUUGCUGAAGGCAUCGUGACCACUGGCUCCACUGUUUGCGGCAACGUGAAGAAACCUGGGAUUUACACCCGGACCGCGCCUUACGUCUCAUGGAUCACCAGCACCAUAGCAGCCAACAAUUAAGUCAUAGGAGGGACUGCUUGAUAGCUCUCCCUGCUGAGGCUUCUAGAUGCAAAGGGGGAUGACCUUUGGAUGACAAAUAGACAACCAUUUGUUUGAAAUGAUCUGUUUCCUGCCUGUCUUCUAGUGGUUGGACUAGAUGACCUCCAAACCUCUCUUCCAGCGCUGUUAUUCUGUUCUCCCAAGAGGUUCAGAAAGGAACCUCCUUCUCUUAUGGAGAUGGGCUCAGCUUCUUUCUUUUCUUUUUAUAAAGGGGCACCUAUAAAUCAACCAGCUAUACUUACCAAGGACUGUUGCCAGUUUGCAAAAUA